UGAGAAUAAAAUUGCUUUUGUAAAAGAGCCAAAUCGCUUCUCCUGGUCACAGACAUGUCGCUUGUUUCGAUCGAGAUCUGGCAACAACAUGCGUAAUCAUGGCUCGUCAGCGCUACAAAUAAAUUGCAAUAGUUCGGUCACAGAGCUGUAUGACAUCUGUACAUAAAGUGAAACAUUUUCUGUGAUAGCCUCCCAGGGCCUCCCGAUCUCCUUGUCCACGGAACCCAAAUGGUUUGGAGUCAUGGAUCGUGGUCUUGUGGAUGGCCCCUUUACUGUUGUCAUCAGGGCACCAAACCAAAAGUACAACGACCAGACCAUCAACUGUUACCAGAACUGGACUGUGGAAAAACUGAAAGCACACCUUUCAGACGUAUACCCAAGUAGACCCAGCUCCAAAGACCAGAGGCUGGUGUAUUCCGGGAAACUGCUGUUGGAUCACUUUACCUUAAAAGACGUAUUUAGAAAACAUGAUGAGUAUCACAUGCUCCAUCUGGUUUGCACGUCACGGACCCCUCCUAGCUCCCCAAAGCCCCCUGAGAAAUGCCGUAAUAAGCUUCAGGAGACUUCUGCCCUUCCCACGGCUCCUCAGAGCUCAGACAGUCUUUCUCCUGGUCCAGAUGGCUUGUUGUCUCCAGCAGAGAGCAGUGAUGGACUCAGACAGCAAGCUGCAGCCGUUUCUUACCCUCACAUGCACCCAGGAUUUACAUACCGUGCAUUGUGGGAACAGUAUUCACGACAGCCAGCUCCUCCCACAAACACGGCAGCUUAUUACAGCACAAUGACACUAAUGUGGUGGCAGCAGCUGUAUGUUUGGCAGUAUUACCUGCACUGUCAGUUAUUGGCUGCAUCUUCUCAGCACCUCCCAGCAGUCCGACCCACAGCCCAGCUUCACCAGACCGCCACUUUGAACCAGCAGCCUCAGGAAGAUCACCAUGCCAACCCAGAAGUCCAUGUGAACGCCCACGGAGGAGAGAUACUGGGCGAGGAUUGGCCGGAAUGGGUGUACAUUAUCUCCCGCGCUGUGAUCUCACUCAGCAUCUUCUACUUCUACUCCUCAUUCAGCCGGGUUGUCAUGGUGAUGAUCGCCAUGCUGGUGCUUUAUCCGCAUCAGGCCGGCUGGUUCCCCUUUAACUUCGAUGAUGUCCAGCUUCCUGGAGACAGAGCCAAUCAGGAUGAUGUGGAUGAAGAUCUCCAAAACAAUGAUGUGGCAGAAAUGGAUGAUGUAACAGACGACAGCUCGGAUGACGACGGAGACAGCGGAGAGGACGAAGCAGAGGAUCCUUAUGUCGACCCUCUCGGGGACCUCUUGUCCACCACAUGGUCAUUUAUCACGACCUUUUUCAUGUCACUCAUCCCAGAGGGCCCACCCCACGCUGCUAACUGAGGCAGGAGGACCACUGGCAUUUCAGUUUUGGACGAACUUUCCUCUCUGUAGCAGUGUUAUGGUUUGUUAUUCGUUUGAGUCAUGUCUGAGUCAAAAGAAACAAGCUGCUGAGUUUAUGCGGACACACACACACACACACACACACACAAAUCAUUUUGUAAAUUCUUCAGCAGUUGUUUGGUUUUGUGGCAUUAAAUGGAAUUUGUGUUUGGUUCCUGCAAUCAUGAUGCAACAGGCUUGUUGAUAAUUGCAUUGUGUUAUCUUCAAAUGUUUCUAUUAAUUGCAACUGUUGGUCUGCAGCGUGCAAGAAAAAUCUCUGCUGCCACCUAGUGGCUUAACUGUGAAAAAGCAGCUGAAGACCGUAUGACUCAACUCAUUGGCUGCUUUAGCAUAAAACAUAGAUUUACAGAGAAUCUGACAUUUUCAGCAUUAAAGAUUGUGAUUCAAAAUGUUGGCCAGUCUAUUAAAAUGGUAAAUGGACUGCAUUGAUAUUGCGCUUUUCCAUCUGCAUCAGACGCUCAAAUUUAUGCAAUUUAUGAUUUAUAUUCAUUUAGUUAUUUUGUCAGGAGUAAAUGUUAUUACUCAGUCUUGAGCUUAAAUGUUUUCAGUUCCUGACUGCUUCAUAUGUAGCUCAAACUGGUUUAAGUCCUAUUUUAAAAGCACAUUAAACCA